GCCAAAACAUUCAAAACAAAUGUAUUAGAGAAGGCCUGACAGAAAAUCCGAAGGAAAUAAUGCAGAAAGGAAGGGACAUCAAGCGCACGGGAGUUUACCGCGUGAGCGGUAACAUCGCGGACCUGCAGUUGAAACUGAAGCUGCGGCACAUAAGUGAAUGGCUACCGGUGCCCAGGUUCGAGUACAUCGGCGCCCAGUACCCCAAUGGUGAGCAGUAUACCGGAUCGGAGGAGGAAGCCUGGCAGGAUUGCUUUAUUCACAUACCGCAGGGCGAUGAAUCCUACGGUGGCCAGAACCGUUUGGGCUACUAUUGCAGUUAUUAUAACGUGGGAAAUGGAAACCCCAAUGCUGGAAACCUUGUGAGGAGGCGAAGGAGUCCCGUUUCCCAGGCAAAGAAGGAGGAGGAGGGAGUGCAGGAUGAAGAGGAGCCGGACUACCAAAGUAAUCCCUCGUGGAGCGCAUUUAGCGAAAGCAGUCGCCCCGCUGGUGACCUCUUCUACGAAAGGAACAAGGAACUCUGCAACGGUGGCAUUGCCACAAUAAUGAUAUCCUGGCAGCAGAAGCACUUCAGUCAGGCUGAACUGGAGCGCUAUGUACCUGAUCCCGGGGGCUGUGCCUCCAAGCUCCAGCGACGCUAUCACAGCUGGGCACUGGAAACGCUGGAAUUGCAGCGGCAGUAUUUCAAGAAGAUGGAAGACCACGACAACGAGGAGCAGGAGCCAGUUAGAGUGCGUCGCAAGAUGCGCAAGUCCAAGCGCAAGCAGAAAUCCUCCACUGCCGUGUCCGUUUUCGGAGUCAAUGGCCUGUCCUCGGCCAACAUGUCGGAUGUUUCGAUGGUCGAGGAUCCCGACUUUGCGGCCAGAACCUGUCUCAUCCACACUGUUGUGGACGGCGAUGCCGAGGAUGUCCUGCCCGCUGAAGCGAAGAAAUGGCAUAAGAAGGGCUUUCAGCUGAUGUAUAUAUACGCGGAUCUGCAGCAGGACACUCUGUUGGUCAGCAUACGAUACGAUCCCGAAGAGGGAUUGCUGUAUGUGUAUCCCGAUUUCAGCUGCAAGGCGCAGGAUCUGGACUAUGUGGUUCAGAUCGAACGGGAUAACGACUGCCGGCAGUUGUAUGCCUUUGGUUUCGAGAAUGCCACACCGUUGGUGGUGGAAGGGGAAGGAAGUCUCCCCGAGGAGAAUGAGGAGGAAGAGGACCUGCCGGAGGAGAAAGAUGCCGAAGAAGAUCUCCCCGAAGAUGCCUCCGCUGUGGAGAUUUUGGAGUUCUACCACAGACGACGAGCAGCGGCCAGUGAAAAGCGCAAUCUGCUGCAAUUUGAGGUGCCACCGAAGAGAAUGAGGAGGGUUUCGCUGCUUCUGGAACUGCAGGAGGGGCAGUACUUCGAGAACCCCAAUAUCCAUGUGAGAUACUACCUAAAACCCCCGGCUAACACCCUCUGGGAAGCCUUGCCCGGUGAGAAUCCCAUGCAGGGAGCCACGGCCACUUGCCGGAAUGCCGGUGACUGGCGGAUCGCCCGCUUGGGUCACAACUGGCAGGUGACCCUUCUCUGUGAGGAGCAGCACCAGCCCUGCGAUCUGCUGCACCUCUACUUCGAGGUCAUCAGCAUCGAUGGGUGGCAAAGGGAGCGAUGCGAGGGAUAUGCCCACUAUGCCAUUUCGCUGAUAUCUCCACUGGCCACCAAAUCCAUUAAGCUGCAGUGCAUCCGACCAUUGGGCACCUGGCUGGAUUCGCUCAACCGGUAUUUUAUAGGCGGCCGUCAGCUCUUCGACUUUGUUAGCUACUUUGAUGUUGGACAGAAUGAACUGCACUCCCGCCUGGAUGUGAAUGCCAAAAGAGCCAUGACCACCACGGGUUCGCUGGUGCUCCGGCUGCAGAAACUCCAGCAGCGACAGGUGGACUUCGCAAACCACCUGCACUUCCACUUGGACUUCGGCGAUAGCAACAGCAGCGAGAGCGACGACGAGGCCAAGUCCAGUUCGAAUGCGGACACGGCCAGGGCCACCACUUUGGACGAGGUGAUGGCCGCCUACGUGGAGGCCAGGGAGCGGAUCGAAUCACUGCUUCGAACCAGCUGA